GUGACGACACGCUCGCCCAUGCGUACUGAGAGGCAGCUCCUUUACCUCAUCGCGGGCGCGACGCCCCGAGGGCCAGCUUGUGCUUUGGUCUGGCAGAGGUGGUGGCGGCGAGAGCGGCCGGGAAGAUGCCAGUGGCGGUGAUGGCGGACAACGCCUUCAGUUUCAGAAAGCUGUUGGAUCAGUGCGAGAACCAGGAACUCGAGGCUCCUGGAGGAAUUGCCACACCGCCAGUGUACGGUCAGCUUCUAGCUUUGUACUUGCUCCAGAACGACAUGAAUAAUGCAAGAUAUCUGUGGAAGAGGAUACCACCUGCUAUAAAGUCUGCAAAUUCUGAACUUGGGGGAAUUUGGUCAGUUGGACAGCGAAUCUGGCAAAGAGAUUUCCCUGGGAUCUAUACAACCAUCAACGCCCACCAGUGGUCAGAGACUGUGCAGCCAAUCAUGGAAGCCCUUAGAGAUGCAACAAGGAGACGCGCCUUUGCCCUGGUCUCUCAAGCUUAUACCUCCAUCAUCGCAGAUGAUUUUGCAGCGUUUGUUGGACUUCCUGUGGAAGAGGCUGUGAAAGGCGUGUUGGAACAAGGAUGGCAGGCCGACUCCACCACAAGAAUGGUUCUUCCCAGGAAGCCAGCCUCAGGAACCCUGGAUGUCUCCUUGAACAGGUUUAUCCCCUUAUCAGAGCCUGCCCCAGUUCCGCCAAUCCCCAAUGAGCAGCAGCUCGCCCGGCUCACCGAUUAUGUGGCUUUCCUGGAAAACUGAUUGACCACUCUGAGUUCAAGAUCCACCUUCAGUCCCUGUCACUGGCAAACAGACAUGGAGUUUUAUUCUGAGUUCAGAACAGGGUGAGCACCUCUGUGUCCUUUGGGUGUGAUAAAAUGCACAUAGAAGAUGAAGCGCAUUGUACAGUUUUCUCCUCAGGCACUUUUGAAUGUCCUUGGAGCAGUUUUCAUUUGUAUUGAUCACUUUGGUUAGAGCCAUCAGUAUUACACAUCGAGUUUCUGUCAAGGACUGGACUCCGAACACAAGCUGUCCUGCUUCAAGUAGCAGAGGGUGCUGUAGCAUACACCACGCUCCUGUGUGCCGCUGGCCUCUAGCUGAAAUGAUGUGCUUGGGAUUUGAGGAGGACUGUCCCAGGUGGUGCCCUCCCCACAUUGUCACUCACGCUCUGGAGAGUGUGCUCUUCCUCCUAUCCCAGAACAAGGAAGCAGUGAUGUAGCAUCAGAAAGCUGCGUGGUGGCGGACCCUGGAGGGGAGCUUGUCAAUGCUCCAUUUGUUUUCCCAGUGUGUGCAAGCAUCCAUUGCGUGAGACAGACAGUCUGCAGUGAGAACUCAACUUAGGUGUUCUCGGGGAAACUCCAAGUUCUGAUGCCUCCUUAGAGAAGAAGGGAGGGAGCAGAGUGCAGUGUGUGCUGUGCUGAAGGAGCUCCUGACCUGAGAGAUGGACUGCAGCCCUCCUGCCUGCUGCGCAUCCAGAUCCUGAGGAGAAAUGCCGAAUGCAUCUAUUUUUGUUCUUGUAUGGCAGCCCUUGAAGAUUUGAGGUGGUUAAUGUAUCUUCAGGUUAAAACGGCCCUAGUUCAUUUAUUCUGCAUUUGUUCAAUAAAUAUUUAAUUGAAUUCGUAAACUUUCAUCUAAAGCUGGCUCUAGAAAUUUCAUAUCUUGGUCUUAACUGUGGGCACAUUAUAAGUUUGUCCUUUUCUCAAAAAAUACUUAAAGUUUAAAAACUUUUCUCCUUUUUAUUUUUUGGGAAUUUUAUACACGCUUAUAACCUGUUUAGAUCAAAUUCACUCUCCUUUUCCUCUGACCCCCUCCCCUAGAAUUUAAUUAAAAAGAAACUGUCUUACCUCUGA